GUUUUCGUGGGUAAUGCUCAAUGUAAUAUUAUUACGGUUAGAAUUGAUUAAUUUUGUUUUUGUUGAGUACAGCUCAUAGAUUUUCAAUGAUACGGUCAUAGACUUAGCGUGGUUCAUUUAUCUUUUGAGUUUAUAGAAAACGCGAUUCAUUCUUAUCGUUAUGUUGAGGAGUGAGUGACUGUUUCUAACGUUUACAGCUGUCUUUAAUUAAAUGAUAAUAAUAUACAAUUUUAUUAAUUCAGCUAAUAUACGGUAAUGUUGAUAGUUAUGGUUUAUCAGUUCACAUUGAAUACUUUAAGGAAGAAGAAAAAAGAUCCUUAAGACAGAACUGUUACAGUUCUACUGCUAUCGGUGUGCUAUCAUUCAGUAAAACAAAGUAAAAUAAAUAUUUCGUUGCCUCAAAUUUAUUGAAGCCACAUUUUACAUUACUAGGCAAAAGCCUAUGUUUACUUAAAAGACAGAACUGUUACAGUUCUACUGCUAUUGGUGUGCUAUCAUUCAGUAAAACAAAGUAAAAUAAAUAUUUCGUUUCCACAAAUGUUUUGAUGCCACAUUUUAUAUUAAUAGGCAAAAGCCUACGUUUACUUAAGCUUGUAGACUGUAUUGUGUAUAGCCUAUAGGGCACUUUUGACUGUUAAAUGUACUGACAUUAGUUGAAAGCAUUGGGGUUUCAUUUUAAAAUCAAGGUUUGUAUGAACAGGGUAACAUUAAAGCUAAUAAAGGCGUGAUCUUUAUAGGCCUUUAUUUUAUGUUUUACAUUGUCAGUUGGAUAAACUACUACUGGCGUAUUACAAUUAAAACGUAGUACCAGUAACACUAAAACUUAAAAGUAUGGAUAGAUUUGAAUGGUGCGAUGGGUCAUUUCAGUCGAGUGAAAAGUUAUUGUUUAAAAUUCAGUCUGGUGUAAAAUUAUAUGAUGGUGAUAAUGUUACCAAUUUUGUCAAUGGAGGACUGACGCUGACUAAUUAUAGAAUUUUAUGGCAAAGUGAAGUUAGUUCAAGAGAAUAUAUCAGUUUACAGUUACAACUUGUUGUUUUUAUUGAGAAAGAAUCUUCUGGUUGGGGAAGGAGUGGUAAAAUUGUAGUCCAUCUAAUUGAACCAUCAAGUAGAAAAGGGCAAACUAAUAAAGGUCCAGUACAACAUAGUCCAUUUUCAUUUGUCAAGUUUACAUUUAAAAAUGGUGGUGAGAUUGAUUUUUAUACCCAACUAAACAGUGCAAUAGAAAAGCGAGAAUGGGAACAAAAGUUAUUACUUGGCAAAAGUGAAAGAAAGUUGAGAACUGGCAUUGUAGGAAUUGAACGACAGAUACAAGAAAAGCAGAAAGAAACAGAUAAAAGCAUUUCAGCAGCCUUUAAAGAUCUUUCUAAACUAAUGGACAUGGCAAAAGAUAUGGUGUCAUUAUCAAAAACAAUUGCUCAAAAAAUCCAAGAUCAAAAAGGAGAAAUUUCAGAAGAUGAAACCAUACGAUUCAAAUCCUACCUUUUGAGUCUUGGUGUAAGUGAUCCUGUAACCAAAGAUACUCAUGGAACAGGAGAUGAUUAUCAUAAAGAGUUGGCUAAAGAACUAGCAAACCUGAUGGAAAAACCAAUUGAAGAAGCAGGGGGCAUAAUGCCUUUAAGUGAUAUAUAUUGUAGAGUUAAUCGGGCUCGAGGACUUGAACUGUUAUCUCCCGAAGAUCUUGUGAAUGCAUGCAAGGUUAUGGAAAUUUUAAAAUUGCCUGUUAAGCUUCACAUAUUUGAUAGUGGUGUUAUGGUAUUGAAAUUAUCUUCUCAAGAUGAUAGUAUUUUAGCCCAAAGUGCAUCGGUACUUGUGGAAGAAAAGGAGUCUUUGACAUCAGAUGAAUUAUCUAGAAUUUUGGGAACGUCGGUUGUUUUAGCUAAAGAACGUCUUUUGAGUGCUGAAAAGAGUGGUUUUAUAUGUAGAGAUGAUAGUGUGGAAGGAUUGAGAUUCUAUAAAAACCGCUUUCUUAAAGAAAUGUCUUGAUUUUUUUCAAGUUGAUUUACAAGAGUUCAGAAUAUAACUCAUUUUCAGAUUUUUUUUUUAAAUUAUUUUCAAGGUUUAUUUAAAAGUUUAGGUGAAACACAGAAUUUUUUAUGUAUUUCUGUUUAGACGUAAUUUUACUUUCAGAGAAUAGAUGAUUAUAGUUGUGCGUAUUGUAGUAAGUAACUGAUCUUGAGAUUAAAUGUCUGAUACUCUGAAUUUCCUCUCUGAUUCACAAAUCAUUGUUAGUAAAUUGCUUAAUAUUGAGAAUUUAAGUGAAGGUGUUGUAAUGCACAUUUCGAUAUAAAAAAAAAUAAAAGUUUUUUUUUGCUGU